ACAGUUGUCAGAAAAAUGUGAAAUUACGUUAUAAAAUCGUACUAUUACUGUAUCAACGACUAUUUAUUUUCAAUAAAUUAAGGGACUUAAUGUCAUACAAAAUGUUACGGAACUCAAUAAAAUUCCUUAGAACUGGGAAUCAUUGCAAACUUAUGAGUGCGGUAAGGUACAGAGAUCAUGAUAGUAGGAGUUUUAUUACGAUAACACAAAGCCAUACUGAAAAUCUUCGAACAAACAAGAUAAAACCUCUUUUAUUAAAAACGGAUGUUCGUACAAUGUUUAUCCAAACUCAAGAAACUCCGAACCCUAACAGCUUAAAAUUUCUUCCUGGCACAAAAGUCCUAGAGCCUGGUCAAACAUUGGAUUUCCCUAAUAUAGGAGCAGCUCAUUGUAGUCCUCUAGCUAAAAUGCUAUUUCGCAUUGAGGGUGUGAAAGGAGUGUUUUUUGGAUCUGAUUUUGUCACUAUCACAAAACAAGAUGAUGAUGUGGAUUGGAAGCUGGUUAAACCGGAAGUAUUUGCUACAAUAAUGGAUUUCUUUGCUAGCGGCUUACCUAUUGUUACUGAUGCAAAACCAUCGGGAGAUACACAAAUAAAUGAUGACGAUGAUGAAAUAGUACAAAUGAUAAAGGAACUGUUGGAUACAAGAAUCAGACCGACGGUUCAAGAAGACGGUGGUGAUGUUCUUUUUGUGGACUUCAAGGACGGUGUUCUUAGACUCAAAAUGCAAGGAUCCUGCUCAUCAUGCCCCAGCUCCAUUGUGACUUUGAAAAAUGGGGUCCAAAACAUGAUGCAGUUUUAUAUCCCUGAAGUUUUAGCCGUUGAACAAAUUGAUGACGAGGGUGAUAAGCUUAGUGAAAAAGUUUUCAAAGAAUUUGAACAGCUGAAGAAUAAACAGAAGAAAGAAUAGUCAUGUAUAACAAGUAGUCUUGUUAAGUUGUAGUUUAACACAACUAUAGAUGUAUAUUUAUGUUAUUUAUGUAAUAUAUAGUUGUUAGAAAAUUAUUCUGUUAUUAAAAAUUGUAUUAUAUUGAUA